CGGGAAGGAGCCAGGGCUAUUUCCAUCUGAAUCGGGGCAGGAAGCGAGGGCCGGCAGCCUCCCCUCGCGCCACACGUCGCCUCCCCUCGGGCUGUGAUUCGGCGCCUGCGCUCGGGGCCGGGCCGGGCCAUUACCAUACGGGGAGCUAUAAAGGGCCGGGCGCCGGGGCCCUUCCUUCUCACCUCCUCACUGCACGGCGGAGCUGAGUUAGGUCAGGGACCCCUCGGGUAAGAAGAGGCGGAGGGGCGCGCCGAGCGAAGGCGGCAGGGGUCGCCCUUUCGGGGAAGGCGGAGGAGGGGAGACGGCGCUGCUGCUUUGGAAAAGUUUCUUUGGGGCCGGGGAGGGAGGAAGGGCGGCCGCGGGGCUGGUUGAGGGGCAAAGAGCCCCCCGCCAAAGAGUCGCCGCGUCUCCUCAGCGAAGGGGCUUUGGCGAGGCGGCCGGCGCUUGUUUGUGAAGAAGUCCCAUAGAACUCACUUGGGGGGGCGGACUUUACUUCCGAGUCGGCGCGCCGUGGGGUGGAGGGGGGCUCGCUCUGGGAAGCGGGGAGCUUUUCUCCUCUCCGCCCCCCCCCCACGCCCAGUCCUCGGGGGCUCGGCGCCCUCCAGCCCUCGGGCUGCGACGGUGACAAAGUUUCCCCGGCCGACUUCCGUGAGGGGGGAGCCUCGCUGGAAAGGCGGCCGCGGAAGCGUCUUCUUAUCGUGGGGCGAAGUUGGGGGGGGGAGAGAGAGGUUGGCGGAAGGAAAUGUAGCCUGGCAGCGUGUCUUUAGUACAAUGAUCCCCCCCCCAAAAAAAAGAUUAGAAGCAACUUUGGUUGCCUCUUGGAUCCUGAGCUUCGCUUCCCCCCGCUCUGCCGGGUGUGGGGGGCGUCCCUCUCUCUCCCCGCCUAAGGGGGCAUUAUCCUGAUGGGGGGCUGAGGGCAGAGACAAGGACCCCUUUGAGCCUGGGGGUUCCUCUGGCAUGAAUCGGGGUGGGGUUACUGGAGUGGCGGGGCUGGGGAGCCCUCCUUGAGUUUUGGCGCAAGAUAAGCAACCUUCUAAUUUCUGGAUAUAUAUUUAUAUUUUUCUCCCAGGAUCACAGUUUCCAGAGACGAAAAUGGUGAAAAUCGGAGUUAACGGGUGAGUUUUCGGAGGGGGCGGACGUGCGGCGAGGCUGCCUUAGCAUGGCAGGGAGGGAGGGGCGUGUAAAGUGGGGAGGAGGAGGAGGAGGAGAUCUGGUUGCUGGGAGAAGCAGGGGGUGGCUGCCCCCUGGGAGAACUUGGAGAACUUUCCAGCCAAUGGGAGAGCGUUGGCGCCUGGCUGCCUGUUGCUGUCUCUUGUGGCAGUUCUUGGGGGGAUCCGGCUCGCAUUCCUGUCCUUUGCAAGGACAUCUGAAGGUCACUCCGGCUCCUCUGCCUCCUCCCAGCAGCUGCUCCUCUCGAAAAAGGAUCUUCUUGUGUCCUUGUCAGCCCAGCUGCCCCAUUAAAACAGGUGGCACCCAAAAGGGUUUUCUCCCCAUCUUUGAGCUCCGCGUGCAGCAGCGAAAGCACAUGGGGCAAGCCAGGGGCCAGGAUGUGCCUAGACAGGAGAGGAGUGGUGGUGGUGUGACUCACUUCCUUGAGCAUUGAACUGCUGAAUCACUUGCGGCAGGAAGCAGCAGCAGUGGGGCUCCCUGGUCCUCCUCGCCCCACUUCUCUUUUAUUCCCAUCUUUUGCAACUCUGGCUGCUUUCUCCCCGCCCUGCAAAUCAAAGUGAAACUCUGUGCCUUUUGGUCUGAAGGGCCCACAAAGAAUGUGACCUUCUGCACUACACCCCGUGGAGGCAGAAAACUGUAACCAGAUAACUUGCAGCUUGGUGCUGGAGGGUGGGGGGAGCUGGCGCUAAAGUUAGUGCCUGACCUUUCUGCAGCGGCGGGAUGGUGCUGUAGAGGAAGGGGAGAGGUGUCUGGAUGCAACAUGAGAGAGGGAGCCUGUCUAAGCAAUACCUUUCCCAUCUCAAGGCUGCUAAUGAAAUAGUAGCAGUGUCCUGCAAGAAUUCCCAUAGAGCUGAGUGGCAGACUGCAUGCUUUGCAUUCAGAGAGCUUCGGACUCAGAUAAGGGGAAGCUGCUUAUUGGUUUAUUCCCACAAGUUGGUUGGGAAUAAACCAUGUGAGCCAAGUGGAAUUCACCAGAGCAGCUUCACAGGGAGGGUAGGACUUGCAUUUCUGCAUGGUGGUUUAAUAUCUUAUCUAACAGCCUCGCAGUAGCCAUGAGCAGUGAAUCUCUGCAAAUCAGGCAGUAACUUUUCAAGCACAUGCACUUGCUGAGCAGUGAUUUGAGGUUCUUGAUGAAAGUGGAGAGAUCAGAGCCUCCUCUGUCCACGUCUUUCUUGCCCCUUAGAUUAGCUGGCUGCCGGUUCCAAGCAUUUUAGAGCUAAUAAAAUGAUGGCUUGGCCUCUCAUGCAAAAGAUGCCCUUUGUCUCAAACACAAAGCCUUCAUCACGUGACCCAAAAAAGCUGCUGCAGUUGUAGGGCUCUGGAAGGUUUGCAGAGGUGAAGUUGCAUGCCCUCAGCUGGUGUCCUUGCUGCAGUUGUUCUACUUACCCUGCAUUUCUCUCACUGGUCCUUGACUUGCAGCCACAGGAGAAACUGAGAAAGGCCAGAGCUCACCAGAGCAGAUGAUGGCUCUGUGUUGGGAGAUGCCCCGAACUUAAGGCAAUAUCAUGCAGCUCUCUUGGGCAUCAGACCCUGGCUUUCUGGUUGAGGGUGCCAGAAUAGGAUUUGAACAGGUCUAGGAUGUGGGGCACAGUCUACUUGGAAGGCUUUGGCAAUAAGCCUAAUUUGAAACUAACUGGGAUUGUGCAUUUUAGUGAGGCUUGCACAGGGUAUUUAGAUAACAGAAAGAUGUUGGCUACAUUUCUUGUGUGCCUAAGGCAGAAAAUAUUUAUAGAAUAAGCCUGAUUUUAUCUUAAUAUGGUUAGGUUCAGGUCUAAGCCCUUGUCUAGUUAGUGCCCUCCAGCUGAUUGCCAAGUUAUCACAAGCUGCAAUGUGAUGUGCCUCAUCACUGCUGCUUCUCCCCCUGUCCCAAUUACUUGAUUUUUAAUACUUUCUCAAAGUACUAUUCUCUGUUUUGGGGUUUUUGGUUUGUUUUUUGCUUUUAGAACAAUUAGAUAGAGAGAAUUCUGUUUUUGCUUCCUUGUGACGGUUGCUCUUCUCUUUCUCUAGAUUUGGCCGCAUUGGCCGUCUGGUCUGCAGAGCUUCAUUUAACUCUGGAAAAGUUGAGGUUGUGGCCAUCAACGACCCUUUCAUUGAUCUGAACUACAUGGUGAGAAUCCAGUAUUCUUUCUAAAGUCAAAAAGCAGGCUAUGGCCUUACCUUGUGAACAUGUAUUUGUGCCACUAAACAGUAUUCUUGGUAUUUUUUCCAGAGAUCUGGCAAAUGGUAGCAGUUUCUUUGGGGGAAGACAGUCUAUAAGCUGAAAGCAGCAUUGGGUGGUUAGGGAGCAAGUUCCUCUUGAGAUUUUAGAAUAAAGCCCACCCCCCAGCUGAAGACUACAUAGUAUGAGCCAAAUUGGCACAUAACCCAUAAUAAUCACAUUGUCCCUAGUGAGAUGCUGAAAGUCCAAAUGCAACUUUCAAUGGACCAGGUGCAGAGAGGUGUUCAAGGUUCUGAAGAGAAAAUAUUGCAUGAAGCGGCACAUAAGAGUUUUGUGGUCUUGUGUGACCACAGCAGUACUUAGCAUUCUCCCCACGACCAUAACACACAAACAGCAACAGCAACAAACCCGCCUUUCUACUUUCAGUUCACACAGCCCUUUUCCCAUGGAGUUGUGUAUUUGAGAGCAGCUUGGGAUGGGGGGAAAUUGCUUUGGGGAUAAAGAGGCAGUAUGAGGGAUUAAUGUGGAACCAGACUACAAAACUCAUGUUUUGAAUGUCUCACUCUUAGGUCUACAUGUUCAAGUAUGACUCCACUCAUGGCCGUUUCCGUGGUGAUGUAAAGGCCGAAAAUGGGAAACUUGUGAUCAAUGGACAUGCCAUCACUGUCUUCCAGGAGUGAGUAAUAUCUCUCACUCUUCUCUUUCCUUGCUGGUUGGGCAGGAUCUGGCUCUGUCAGAAACUUGCAGAGUCUAAAACUGUGAUUCCUUUUCUCCUCAACAGGCGUGACCCUGCCAACAUAAAGUGGGGCGAUGCUGGUGCACAAUACGUUGUUGAAUCCACUGGUGUUUUCACCACCCUAGAAAAGGCCGGCGUAAGUAUCUUCUGUGCAGAUGAGCAAAGGGAACCAUGCAUCUCUCCCGGGCAGAAGGAGAGGUGUCACAAAUUGGUGCAGGAGUUUUCUGUUUCCCACUCCCGUUUCUUCCCCUAGCUGAGCAAUGAUAAAAGUCAGAAGGAUAACAUAGUUUGCCUCAUCCACAUGGCUGUAGCCUUCCUUAGCAACAAGAUUCUUGUUCAUAGUUCUUAAAUAACACAUGCUUUGUCAGUCUUGGAACAGAUUGCUACAGUUCUUGCUUCCUUUCCCCUUUCAGGCUCACUUGAAGGGCGGUGCCAAGCGUGUUGUAAUCUCUGCCCCAUCAGCAGAUGCUCCCAUGUUUGUGAUGGGUGUCAAUCAUGAGAAGUAUGACAACUCUCUGAAAAUCGUCAGGUGAAUAUGCAAGCGAAACUGUGGUACUGUAAUAGUAACCGGAGCAGUGUUGCUCGCUGGCCUAUUAACAUUGGACCACAAUAUGGAUUGGGUUAAGAGUUGUGAUGCUCAAUAUAAAUACCCUCAUUUCCUUCCAGCAAUGCUUCUUGCACCACCAACUGCCUGGCACCCCUGGCCAAGGUCAUCAAUGACAACUACGGCAUUGUGGAAGGCCUUAUGGUAAGUGAAUUGCAUGCUCCUAAUGAUGUGCCCUCCUCAUUACCAAGGUCCUUUACUGUGGAGGGGGAGGCCUAGCCCCCCCCCAACAGAUACCCCAAGUCCCUCCACAUAUUGUUGGGCUCCAGCCCCCAUUGGCCAGCAUGGUCAGUGAUCAAGGAUGAUGGAAGCUGCUGUCCAGCAACAAAUUUAUUCAUCCUUAGUGUAGCCAAAUUUGCAGCUCUUCAGAAUGUGCCAAUCCUUCCCCUUGUGGGGUGUACAAGGGGAAAAGUGCAUAGAGUAUUCUAUCCAAUUACUUGCAAAGAUUUUGACUCUUUCCAUUAUUGUGUCAUACUUUUAAACCCUUUCUGCUUCACUGCAACCAUUUCUCCUCCUACUGAAAUGAUGUUCAAAGCUUAACCUCAAUGAUCAAAGGCAGUCUAGGAUAAAAGUUGGCUGAGAGGAACUAUACAGUUCAGAGCCCUUCCUCUCAGUAGUGUACAUGGAGGGGACACACAUCUUGUGCUUGGGGGUGAAUAUUGAUCUCUCUUGCCCCUUCUCUACCCCAGACCACAGUCCAUGCCAUUACAGCCACACAGAAGACUGUGGAUGGUCCCUCUGGGAAACUGUGGCGAGAUGGCAGAGGAGCUGCUCAGAACAUCAUCCCAGCUUCCACAGGUGCAGCAAAGGCUGUUGGCAAGGUGAUCCCUGAGCUGAAUGGGUAAGUCCUCUUGUCUCUCUGGGUGGUGUCUGAGGGAAGGGUAUGAAAGUGAGGAAUGCUUUGCACCCUAACCCGAGUGAUCUUCUACACCCUCAGAAAACUCACAGGGAUGGCUUUCCGCGUCCCAACUCCCAAUGUUUCUGUCGUGGACUUAACAUGCCGCUUGGAGAAACCAGUGAGUAUUUCGGAACUUGCAGCGCCUUCCCCUCUGGCCUCGUGCAGAAACUCACCUUUGUAGCUCUCGGUAAUAUUUUGUAAUGCUUGCCUGUACGGAAACCACAAAAGGGGGUUGCACCACCUCACAAUGCGCCAUGAGCUGUGCAUUUAUGUCUAAACAAGCACAGCUAGGGCUGGACUUCUCGUAUGAAGCCCAGUCCCCUCUCUAUGACCCCCCCCCCCGAAAAAAGUGGCAGAUGAUGGUGGCAGAAGCCAACAUCAAUACCUGAAUCUUGCCCAUUGUGGUUGGCACUGGUCACUUUAGUCCUUCCUUCCUCAUGCUUAAAAAUAUAUACUUUGGGACAAUCCUAAUUUUAUUUUUGCUUUAAAAAUAAAUUAUUUUUUUCUACAAGUAAAUGUGUUUAGCACCAGGGUAGCAGACGUGAACUCCCAUUUUAUUCCUACAGCCAUGAUAGUGAGGGUUUUUUUGCGCGCGCGCGUGCACACACACACACACACACACACACACACACACACAGAGGUUUGGUUUGUUCUACUAUAUAAGGAAUGUAGAAAUAGUUGCAAAUCACAGUCUGGUGGAUGGAGUGGGGGGAGGGGAAUAGAAAUUUUAACUGGGUCCACAUGGCCAUCUAGAGCCCAGUCUCCUCAUCAAGACCACUUGAACCCAGGCUCUAAAUUUAUAUAACUGCCUCUCCUUUCCCCAGCCUUCUCUGGCCUGUGUCUUAAGUAAUUUCCAUAAGCUCCUGCACAGCUCUGGCAGGUAGGACCAUUUUAACCUUUCCCAUCCUUUUUCACACAGGCCAAGUAUGAUGACAUUAAGAAGGUUGUGAAGGCAGCCUCCGAAGGCCCUAUGAAGGGUAUCCUGGGAUACACCGAGGACCAGGUAAGCCACCGUGGCUGCUUCAGCAGACUGUCAAAUCUGGAUCUUCUCUUCAUGUAUACACACAAUUUGUAUGGAGAAAGCACAUCGGUACAUUUUGUAGCAAUUUCUGCUACCGUGAUGGUGGCAGUAAAGAUAAUUUUGGACAUUGAAUGUAUCUAAAUGAUACAUUUUCUUUCCUCCGUCUUCUUCCUUGCCCUACGUGACUGGCAGCAUGUGGUUUCAUCCUGCAUUUCUUCCAUACUGGAACCCAAGGUGUAUAUGUUUCACCCAGGCAGUGACCUGGGUGCUUAACUUCAACAAGGUGGUGGCCCCAUGCACCUUUAGACCAUACCGGUUUUGCUUCAAGUUUAUACACCAUGUUGCCCUCUGUUGGAUAAAAUGUGAGAUCAUGUUUCGUUGCCUAGUAUUUUGAGCUUCUCUUCUUCUCUCAAAGGUUGUCUCCUGUGACUUCAAUGGUGAUACCCACUCCUCCAUCUUUGAUGCUGCUGCUGGCAUUGCUCUCAACGACCACUUUGUGAAGCUGGUCUCCUGGUAAGAGAUCAAGCUUAGAUAAGAUCUGGACUUGUGUAGGAUCAAGGAACUUCUUGCUGUUUGAAUUGCUAUGGUAAUCCAGUGGCCUUCUGAAAUUUGGGAAGGGGGACAUAGUGUGUGCACACAUGUGUGUAGCAGCAAAGACUUCCUGCUCUCUUCCUACCACUUGUCAAAUAGAGGAAGGCUAUUUUAUGAUGAGAGGAUACUGUAGGUAACCCUACUAUUCCCCUGCCUUCUUUUCCAGGUACGACAAUGAAUAUGGAUACAGCAACCGCGUGGUAGACUUGUUGGUUCACAUGGCAUCAAAGGAGUAAAGGCAGAGUUCCAUUUCUUAAUUUUCUUACAACUCGGCUCUGUAUCUUGCAGUAAGAGGCCUUCUCUUGUUCCACCUGCCUCUGAGGAAGUGGAGAGGCUGGAAGAAACUUGACUGUUUCCGUAACAUCUCCCCUCUCAAUAAAGUCAUCACUGUCUCAAAUCCU